CCGAGGAAUGCGUCCGUGCUGAUCUCCCUGCGGGGUUUGACCUGCCUUUUGUUGUUCAAGCCGAGCGUGUGUGUGCAUGUGCGCAGCAAGAACGUCUCCAGGAGCUGUUUGCCAGACUCACCCAGUUACUGGGAACCAAACCAACCACCCUUCCCCUCCCCUCGCACGCUCAGACAAACCCUGCGUGUGCAGGAGGGCUGAGGCUGGCAAGGAGCUUCCCCGAUCCCAUCCGGACACCUUCCUCUGGCUCUCCCACCUGGACAGCCCUGGGACACCACAGUGCACUGGAUGAGGGGACCCUGAUCAGCAGUCUGCCAUCGCGCCCUGGCUAUGCCCCGUGCUGGACACUUCCCACCCCACAGCCCCCGGUGAGCGGGGAAGGAGCCUGAACCCCUCCAGGUUGGGUGACUCUGGUCUCCCUCAGCUGCCAUGGAUUGGAAAACGCUGCAGGCGCUGCUCAGCGGGGUCAACAAGUACUCCACAGCCUUCAGCCGCAUCUGGCUCUCCAUGGUCUUUGUCUUCCGUGUGCUGGUCUACGUGGUGGCGGCCGAGAAGGUCUGGGGGGAUGAGCAGAAGGACUUUGACUGCAACACGCGGCAGCCGGGCUGCACCAACGUGUGCUAUGACCACUUCUUCCCCAUCUCCCACAUCCGCCUCUGGGCCCUGCAGCUCAUCUUUGUCACUUGUCCUUCCCUCCUGGUCAUCAUGCACGUGGCCUACAGGGAGGACCGCGAGAGGAAGAACCGGGAGAAGAAUGGAGAGAAUUGCCCCAAGCUCUACAGCAACACGGGCAAGAAGCACGGCGGGCUGUGGUGGACCUACCUGUUCAGCCUCUUCUUCAAGCUUAUCAUAGAGAUCCUGUUCCUCUACCUCCUCCACAAGAUGUGGGACAGCUUCGAUUUGCCACGGCUGGUGAAGUGCUCCAACGUGGAUCCCUGUCCCAACACCGUGGACUGCUACAUCGCUCGGCCAACCGAGAAAAGGGUCUUCACCUAUUUCAUGGUCGGAGCCUCCUCCAUCUGCAUCAUCCUCACCGUCUGUGAGAUCUUCUACCUCAUCUUCAAGCGAGUUGUGCAGAGGACGAGGAAGUGGAGGAAAUCCACCAAGCGCUCCGUCAGCUACAGCAAGGCCUCCACCUGCCACUGCCACGUCAAGUCAGAGGAGAAGGACAACAAGUCCCAGCCGAGAGGAGAAGAGCUGUGACCUCACCCAUCCCAGCCAGUUCACAUUCCCCUCAACUUGGCUUUUCCAGCCUGGCAAAUCCCUGAACCCUCAAGAGUCGACCUGUGUGAAAAGUGACUAAACCCAACAAAGUAAUGCCCCUGGAGAGAGACCCACGGGUGCCUGAGCAGACACAGGUAAGGCAAGGGCAGCCCUGGAGCUCUGCAGGUGGCAGUGCCACAAGCAUGGACAUCACAGCAGCACACAGAUCCUCUGUGUCCAGCAGCUUCUCUUGGUCCUGCAGCUUUGCUGCUCCCACGCUGGGUGUGAGUGCCCCCAGCUGGUGCCCAGCCAGGGCUGGUGUCACCCAGUGCAUGCCAAGUCCUCUCAGCUCACCGUGCCUCACACAUGCACUGCUUUCUUUUGUACCAAGAAACCAAAGGAACUCUGGGCUCCGUGGCCAGAGUUCUCUUCAUGUACCCAAAGUAAUGACAGAGGACUGGGGCUUCAGUCUGUUUGCAACCGUUCUGCUGGCCCAGUUUACCCAGUUUGCUAUUUCUCCCCCUUGGCUCACACAAGCACCAAGCCAUGUCUUACCCAAAAGCCCUUGCUGGCUCUGCUGCUUCCCUUGGUGCCUCUGUGUCCCCCCUCACCUCAGAUGCACAUCACACACAGCACAAGCUACAGAUCCAAAAGUCCAAUAAAUAUCGUGUUUGGAGACACCAAGACCUGCUCUGCACGCUGGAGACUGGGGGACUGGUGAGGGCAGAAGACAUGGAUUGGCAGAGGUUCCUCAGGAGCCCACAGCCAGGUCCUUCUCCUCCGCCUGAGCUGGGUGUUGGUCGAGCCCAGAGCCGAGCUCACGUCCGCCCGUUCCGCCUCUCCCAGCUUGUCACGCGUCGUUAAACUUUAAUUCAGCAGAACCUCACGCUGGCCCCCA